AUGCGUACCCGUUCUCAACCUCUUUCUCCCGGGGGAUAUCAAUCCCUCGACGACAAACCCUCCCGUCGCCGCGCGACGCGAAGUGCAUCAUCAGCCGAGCCGACUACUGAGUCGCAACCCGCUGACAUGCCUCGCAAGACUCGUGCCAAAAAGGGCACCGUCACCAGAAAGACCACCCGCUCCAAAUCGAAGGUCGUCAAGCCCGAUGCCUCUGACUUACAGCAGACGUCACCAGCCGCAACUGCGCAGUCAAAGGCGCCUACUGCGGAUGAGCAGGACAUGCAAUCUGAUGGCCAGAUGUCCCCAAGCAUCACCGCCCCCUCUCGCCAACCUCUCACCAACCUCGCCAACAGCAGGGUUCUGGGCCCUCUACAGGCGACCCCCAUUAUGCGUCGGCGCCCACGUAUUCCUUACUCCACUAUCACAGCUCGCCGCCGAACCAACGCGGACGGUCGCGUGGUAAACACCCUCUUCCAGCUCCCGGACCUGAUCAGCCAGUCUCCCAUCACUGUGCCUGCUCCGGUAGACCGACCUGUUCCUAUCGAACAAGAGGCAAAUGCCAUUACCCGAGUCUCUGUCACCCCCGAACCAACCCUCCCUACUACCCCAAAGACCGCCCCUGCUGCAAGUGCCGGUCAUUCUCCCAGCUGGCCUCGACGAAUAAUCGCAAAUGUCUCUUCGAAAUGGUUGAAUAUCCGUGGGCGAUUCAGCCCUCGUAAAUCUCUUGGCUCCCAGGAUACGUUCGCCGAAGCUUCCGCUGCAAGCCCCAGUGCUACGGCACCCAGUACCCCUCAGAUUGAAGACAUGAAAGUGAGCACGCAGACGCCUUUCAGCACUGAGAUGGAGCUGGUAACCAUGGAUUCGCCAUCGGUGACCAGGGCUGCAACUACCACCACCCGGCGUCCCUCUUACACACGCCCCCGCAUCGAUGGCCCGAAACGACCAUCGGUCGUCGAUUAUUCUAUCCGUGGAAAAUUAAGCCAGGAGACUCUUGACAGAUGCUAUGCACGGAGCCGCCCCCUUCCAUUGCCUGGUACGGAAGCCCCAGAGCAGCCAGCGUCAGAGCAGGUGAAGAAGCGGAAGCGCUCGUCUCCCGAAUCCAUUCCUAACCCGCCUGGGUGCAGUUACGGAAUGCAUGAUGACUACUUCACGUUCGAUUCUGACGACGAGAUAUGGGCGGAAGAAGAGAAGGCUGCUCUUGCUCGAGAGGCUGCCAAGGCCCCCAAGGCUACAGAGUCAGAAAGCGAAGGGGCUGCAAAACCCCCUUUGAAGAAGCAACGUGUGGCCGAAGAGCCAGACCAGAAGCGUCACCGACACGUUCUCCAUCCUAACACUCCCCGAAAGGCCGACAAACGCGCUGGAUACAACCCGAACCGUCAGAGCCGAUUGUAUCAAGCCACUGAUUUAUCUACGAUCGAAUCCAGUGGCUUAUUCUCAGAAGGCGAGCAAGGACCCCAAGCCACUCAGACUCGCCCCGAAACAAAGACCACCCCCAAAAACCCACAAGGCACAUUUUGUGUCCCUGGAUAUGAGUCUGGGUCCGACUCCGAAGACUAUCCGUCCUCUGGCCCCGUGCCUCAGUUCACCAGCACCCCCAACGGUAUGUAUCUCAAUCUACCGUCAUCUCUAGAUGACAAAUCUCCGGGUCCGUCUCCGGCCCCAAGGAUAAUUCUACACCCCAACCCACAUGGAACAUUUCAGACGCCAUAUUCUAGUUCCGACUCUUCGUCUUCGGACGAAGACGGAGACGAAAAGAUGGACUUAGCCCCAGCCCCAAGGAUAAUUCUCCACCCAAAGCCACAUGGAACAUUUCAGACUCCAUACUCUAGCUCCGAUGAAGACGAAGACGAAGAGAUGCACUUACUCCCAAACAUGGCAAGAGCUGACUCAAUGGAUGAAGAUACGACGACCCCCGCCCGAACUCCCAACGUCCCUACCGAAACCACUACCAACACCACUACUAACACCCCUAACAACACCACUGCCAAAACCACCACCGAAACCAACCCCAAAACCAACGACGCCCCCAAACCUAGCGACUUAUCCCCCCUCACCCGAAUCCGUAACAAGGCCCAGCAGUUCAAACCCAAGACACCAAGCCGCCUCCGCGAAGCUUCCCGGUUUUCAACCGGUAGCACAGACCUCUCGCCUAUGUCCAGCGACCCGAUGUCGCUGGAUGGCUCCUCCUACAUCGACAUAUUGCAAGAUUCCGAAGAUCUUGAAAGCAUUGACCAUGCAUGGCUCCAGAAGAACUGCCCCAGCGGGCAGUUGAACAAGCUUUCCUGGCCCGGCCUUAGCAGCAUUGCUGAAAUCGGCAUUCCGGCUGGUCUUAACAAUCUGGAUGAAAUCAAGACCAAGCAAGCAGUGGAAUACUGGCAUCAGUGUUUUUUGUCUGAGGAUUGGUGA